AUGUCGCCAACACCGUCCUUCAGGGUCAGGCUUGCUGAACUUCGCGACGUCCCUCGUGUCACGACGGUUGCCCUCGCUAGUCUACCUGAUGACCCGGGGUUCGAAUUCAUCUGGAGGUACAGGCGCCAGUAUCCUGAUGACAGUCAAUUCUUUUGGUUGCAAGUGUUCAAACAUUAUCUUUACCAUCCCAAAAUCACGCUCAUCGUGGCUGAAGAAGUCGCGUCAUUAGAGGAAAAACGCGAAGAUCGCGGAGAAGCAGUAGCGACAGUAAUCGCGUUCGCAUUAUGGGAGAGAAAUGGGAAGAGUAUGCUGACACAGGCUCUGACGAACCUGUGGAGUAAGGGCGUGUUCAACGCGCUACACUGUUACAUCACCUUUAUAGAGAACUGGGCCAUAGGAAAGGAGUUCAGGCGGCGUGAUGGCGAUCCGAAGCGCAUGAUCGCGUUUCAGCAAGCGCUGAACUACACCCACUCGAAAUAUUGGGAGAAGAUGUAUCCUCAGAAUUACUACCUCGUUCUGCUUGCAACCCAUCCAGACUAUCGUCGGCGCGGUGCGGGCACUGCGCUCACUCAAUGGGGUGUUGAUCAGGCUCUGGCUGCUGGCAUUGACGUAGGCCUUGAGGCAAGUCCGAUGGGAUUUCCAUUGUACCAGCAUAUGGGCUUCGUUCUGUUGGAGAAUCUGGUAAUUAAGCCAGAUGCGGAUGACGAUCCUGCGAGUAUGCUGCUGAGGGUUAUGGUGUAUGACAAGAACAACAAGUUCUCAAUGGUCUGA